UGCUACUCUCCAAGUUAAUGUUUGGGAAGACAUUCUGUAGGUAGAUGCCAUCAGUUACUUCUUUUUAAAGAAGUCUCCAACCAGAUGUCAUCUCCUCAGAUAGAGAAGGAAAACAUCUGGUCUUCUCCUGCUCCAAGACUUGGCUCUGGGGAAAGAGAUGGAGUCAGAUUGAUCUGAUAAUAGCAUAUUAAGAGAAAACAAAUCAGCAUGACCAGAGUAUUUAAUAAAAUAAUAACAUCUUAUUGCCAUUUAUUUUAUGUUUGUAUUUUAUUUUAUAUAUUUAUUUUAUGUUUUCUGUAUUUUGUUGGGUUUGAGUAGCCAACUUGCAGUUCUAAAUCAAUAGCCCACUGUCAGUUAUAACAUGUUUGUAGCCCAUUGAAGUGAUGGUUGGCUAUGAAAAGUCAUAGAGUUGUAAUUUGGCAUGUAUUGCCUGGCUUUUAGAGUAUCGGAAAUUGUUGGUCAUGUUUAGAAGAGCCGAACCGACUAAAAAUAAAAGGAUUUUAAGCAGUGGGAGAAGAUGGAAAUCCAAGCCAGUGUUUCAAUUUUUGAGAAGGUCAACUUUAUGACUUAUAUCCCUCGAUAAAGAGGUUGCUUGUUGAUCAUGUCUCAUGGAACAUAAGACAUGGUUGACUUGAGAGAUGUUGCUUCUAAAGGCAGACUCUCUGUGAGUCUGCCUUUAGCAGACUCUGGUGAUGUCUAUGGGUGGCUGAUAUGACCCAUGCAGUCACAUUUGGGAUGAAAUGAGAUCCAAAAUCCUUUCAGUAUUUAGGAAAAUACAUCAGUUAUCUUUUGGCCUCCUUUGCCAUUUUAUGCUGUUGUAUGGAGUCAAAUAUCUUUUGGGGUGGGUUUCACUUAAUGUGGUGGAUAUUAGGAGAUUGUUGUUUCAUAUCGAUAUGACUUGGUGGUUGCCCCCCUCCUCUCUGUGACAGCCCUCAAGUACUGGAAGAUUGCUAUCAUGUCUUCCCUGGUCCUUCUCUUCACUAGAUUAGCCAUACCCAGUUCCUGAAAAUGUUCUUCAUGUUUUAGCCUCCAGUCCCCUAAUCAUCUUUGUUGCUCUUCUCUGUACUCUUUCUAGACUGAGUCUCAACAUCUUUUUUAUAGUGUGGUGACCAAAACUGGGAGUGGUAUUCUAGAUAUGGUUUUACUAGGGCUUUAUAGAGUGGUAUUAGUAGCUCAUGUUGAUUGAAUCCCUCUGUUAAUGCAACUUAGGAUUCCAUUGGCUUUUUUGGCUGCCACUGCACACUGCUGGCUCAUAUAUGAUAUUUAUGAUUUGAAAAUAUCUCUCUUUUGGUUAUGUGCCCACUAGAAACUUGUUUCUCACUCUUUUCCAUGAAGAUGGGCAGCUCUCUGGUUAUUAUUCUUUUUCUUAAUGUAGGGGUAAGGUUGCCUUUGGCUUCCCUACUAGUUGUAUUUGUGAUAUCCUCAGUGCAGGUCUGUGUUUUAAGAUAGUUGUCAUUUGGCUUGUUGAUAAAACGUUUUUAUAAAGAUCUCUUUUAAAGUGUCCACCUUGACUAUAGUUGCAGAUAGCAGGUCAAAGACAGAGAGGACUGUUUGUGCUUUCAGCAGACUUUGGCUGGCUAGAAAGUCAGUUACAUUUCCAUUCUUUAGGUUUAUUAGAUCAAUAUUCUCACCCUCCUUCUCUGUUAGCUGUGUGGAUGCAGAGCAGAUUGUAGCAGUGUUUUCGGAGGAGGAGGGAGGGAUCUAUGACCUUUUGACCUCUACUUGCAAAUCUGUCUCUAAAGCAUCAUAUACAGCAAAUUGUUUAUGGAAAUUCUCAGUCAUCCAGGUCAUGGUUGUCCCAAAGAUGCUUUUUCAAGAGGCAACUGGACUUUCUGUUUUUUCUUUGAAGACGUUUUGCUUCUUAUCCAAGAACCUUCUUCAGCUCUGACUGGAUGGUCCUUCCAUUCCCCACCAUUUAGUUAGAGCUCAAGAAGCUUCUUGGAUGAGAAGCGAAAAACCAGAAAGUCUAAUUGCCUCUUGAAAAAACAUCUUUUCGACAUAUCCAGCAAGGGAAAUUGUGGGAGAAGAGAUACAGAUAAUCCUCUAGGUACAACCUUUCAUUUAGUGAAUUUUCUACAACAACGAAUUUAUUCAGAAAAGGUACGUACGUUUAGAAAAUUCAAAACUGUGACCAAAAACAUGCCUCUGUAGCCAUGUGACUUGUAUUAUUUUUUUUUAAAUUUGAUUUAUAUGCCACCCUUCUCCGGAUUCAAUCACUGCUGCAGCGACAGCAAUUUUUAACUCUGUGACUUGCCUGUGCGGUUCGGGGUUAUGACAUGUAAUUUCCUAAAGCUGGCAGGGGUUUUGGAUUUUUGUCCCUGGUAGCAUGGCCAAACAAGAUCCAGUGAUUUUUGCAUUCGGCGCGAGUUUGUUUUUGUUUUGUUUUUUUUGGUGCUGAAUGGAGGCUCUAUUGCUGCUGCUGCCGCCUGGAGGACUGGAGUACUAGAAUUGCUUCUGACAAGAUACUGUACUUUUCCAUCCACUCUUUCUUUGGCUAGAAAUGUCCUCGCAAGAAGAGAGAUCAAGCUCUACUUCAGCUCAACAUGGAGGCAAGAAACAAAGGAAAAGAAUCAAUUUGGACUUGAAAAUGAAAAUAAUUAAAGCCCAUGAGGAGGGGAAGAAGGUAAAGACCAUAGGAGAAGAAGAAGGGCUGGCCUGUUCCACCGUAUGCACGAUCCUUAAGGAUAAAGAAAAGAUAAAAGAGGCGAUUAAAUCAGCUCCAAGAACAGAUGCCAUCAUCACGAGAAAUAGGACAGGCCUCCUUUCAAAAACAGAACAGCUCCUGGUGCUUUGGAUCGAUGAUCAGAUCCAAAAAAGAAUUCCAAUCAGUCUUCACCGGAUUCAGGCAAAGGCCCGCAGCGUUUUUGAAACGCUAAAGCAAGGCGCAGGGGAGGAGUGUAGUGAGACAUUUGGAGCCAGCCGUGGCUGGUUUGUGCGAUUUCAGAAACGAUAUAAUUACUAUAACAUACGAACCACAGGGGAAGCUGUGAGUACUGAUGAAGAAGCUGCCCAACACUUUCCGGACAAACUGGAUGAAACUGUAGUAGAGGGCAACUACACACCACAGCAGAUUUUUAAUGUGGAUGAAACUGGGCUGUAUUGGAAGAAAAUGCCAGAGCGGACUUACAUCCACAGAGAGGCCAAAACAAUGCCUGGAUCUAAAGCACUGAAGGACAAGAUAACAUUGCUGUUGGGCGGAAAUGUCUCUGGGUUCAAGUUGAAGCCAUUGCUGAUCCAUAGAUCAGAGAAUCCUCAUGCCUUCAAAAACAUAAAUAAGCACGCUCUCCCAGUGUAUUACAGAUCCAAUAAGAAGGCGUGGGUGACACAAGUAAUCUUUGAGGAUUGGUUUAUGACCUGCUUUGUACCACAAGUAAGGACCUACUGCUUAGAAAACAGCAUUCCUUUCAGAGUACUCCUACUUCUGGAUGAUGCCCCUGGACAUCCCCCACAUCUCGGCAAUCUCUACCCUCACGUGAAAGUAGUCUAUCUCCCCAAAAACACAACUCCUCUCCUACAACCUAUGGAUCAGGGAGCGAUUGCAACUUUUAAGGCACACUACUUACGGGCUACAUUUGCCAAAGCCACAGCUGCGAUGGAAAAAGAGGAAAUAACUGUGAGUGACUUUUGGAAAAGUUACAAUAUCCUUCACUGCAUCCAAAACAUUGGAGCAGCCUGGCGGGAUGUCACUACAGAAUGUAUGCAAGGGAUUUGGAGAAAAUGUUUGAAACGUUUUGCUGUAUUGGUAAAAAAUUGGGAAGGUUUCGACCAAAAGGAAAAUUUACAAGUCAUCAGUCAGGACAUUGUAACAUUGGCCAAAUCCCUUGAUUUAGAUAUUGAUGCUCGGGAUGUGGAAGAUUGGAUUGCAUACACUGAGGGGGAGCUUUCUAAUGAAGAAUUAAUACAACUACAAAAUCAGUUGGAAGGACAAGGGGAGGUGGAGGCAGGAGAAGAUGAAGACGAGGAGGAGGAAGAGGAAGAUGGAGGAGGAGGAGUUGGUGUCCCUAAAAAGUUAACAUUAAAAGAACUGGCAGAGUUUUUCUCCAAAAUGAACCAUGUGUUAUCUUUUUUGAGUGACAUUGAUCCCAACGAAGAACGUGUGGGUAGAAUCCAAAGAGAAAUCAAUAACAUUUUGAAAUGUUACCAAGAAAUAUAUGAUGCUAAACAAAAGCAACAACAACAAUAGCGCAAACAACUUGUCAGGUUUCGAUGCUAUCUCAAAAUAAAUGAAUUUCCAAACUGCCAAUCUUUAAGGAAAUUUUCUCUUUAUUUGAGCACAGCGAUCUGAUCCUAGCUCUUUCGCGGUCAGUACUGACCUUUACCCCCCAAUCCCUCCCUUUCCGAUCCCCAAUUCUCUGCUUCUCAUUGGCUAUCUUCCAAGUCACUUUCCUGAUCUCUUCUUCAUCAGAUCACAGGAAUGUGAUCCAUCUCCGAGGAGACAGAAUCUUCAAAAGGAUUUAGUAGGCAAAAGUUCAAGCUUCUCCUCUCUUUAUAUAUGUCAGUGCUGGGACGCUGACACAACUCUUAUACGGUUCCUCCAAAAAACCAGAGCACUUUCAUCCCCAUCUAUCUCAACAAUCCUGGAUGAGCCUCGGCCCUCAACCAGUUUUUCCACCUCUCAGACCUCAACAAAGAGGACUAAUUUUGAUUUUUUUUCACUGCACUAAUGCUUUCACUUUUAUUGUAUUUCAGUGUUUUGUACUUUAUUUUUCAGUUAUUGAAGACUAUUUAUAUACUAAUUAUUAAAACAUUUUAUACAUAC